AUGACAGCUUUAUUUUCUAUUGAUCAUGUCAGGUAUGAGUGUAGCUGUGGUGAAUGGGAAAGUUUGAAUCGUUUAUACUUUUGUCGACACUGUUCCAACAUUCGAUGUAUGUUAUGCGUAAGCCAAGAAAUGGACACGUCUUUCUGUCCCUGCUGUCUCGACAACGUAUCGACCGGCGAAGCAAGACAAAAAAGGAAUCGGUGCUCCAACUGCUAUCAGUGUCCAAUUUGCGGUACUUUUAUUACAGAAGUGAGCGCUGUUAUACGAACAUCCAACGAAACUUAUCAUUUAUCAUGCAAUACGUGCCGUUGGACGACGACGGAUUCGGGUAUACCCGAUUCCACUUCAUCAACAAUUUGGCCACAGUACCAGUUUGAAGAUGAGCAGCUGCUAUCUGCAUUUUUAGAAAGAAUGAGAAAUUACGCAGCUGUCGAGAAGGCUGAUCGUGAACGGCAUAAAUAUUCUAAAAGAAGAUCAAACCUCGGUACCGUUCUUUUGGAUCGUUUUGGUUUGCAGACAAUGUACAACCGACGAAAAGCAGCGUUAGCUGAACAAACUGAAAAAAGUUUUCCCGUAUUAGAACCUACAGACGAUGUAUCACCGUUGGAUAAUUCCAUCUUUAACGAGCAUGAAAUAGACGUAGGAAGCAUCGCAACUUUGAUGCAAGAAGCGAAACAACCUCUUGCUAACGGACGACCUCUCUUACCGAUCAGAACACCUCUUGCUGGACGUCAUUCAAUACGCUGCAAACAAUGCGAACACAGUUUAUGCAAAGGAGAAUAUAGUCCUACUUCGAUCAAAUUCAAAAUCCAGGUUUUGGCUGGAAAUCAUGUUCCUGACAUUCGUCUAUCACGCCAAGCAUCUCUUGUAGCCAAUCAGUGGUGUCCGAUUUUUCUCACUAUAUCCAAUUUCUCCGCCACUCUUGCACGCAUUAUAAUUUUUCCAUAUACAAAUGAAGAUGAAUCAUAUGUUAAGUGCGAUUCUCCUAUGAUUGAGUUAUCUGUACCAAACAGAGAUGAUACGAUGGAAUGGGAUGAAACACUAGAAAAAUCUGCUAACGAAACUGAAGGUUUGAUUGUGUUCAGACGACGGCAUCGCAUUGGUAUAAGAUUAAAUGUUCACGCAACUGAAGGCGAGGACAGAAAAUUGGUACUGAUUGUGAAGUAUAAUAAUUGUAGCAGUUCAUUUGAACAUGGCGGUGAUCAAACUUGGCUUCAACACAAGGUGUGCGUGUUCUUAGGCAUGGCUAAAGCUGAAAAUGGAUCGUAUACUGCUUUAAACGGAUAA